AUGGCCAGCCCCGUGCUGGCUCAACAAACCCUUUAUGGCCAAUGUGGUGGCACUGGCUGGACUGGGGCAACCCAAUGCGUCGCAGGGGCGUGCUGCAGCUCUCAAAAUGCAUGGUAUUCCCAGUGUCUGCCUGGAAAUUGCACGCCAAGUACCACCUUGACGACCACUGUUACCAGAUCUUCGGAAACGACAACAAAGACUGCUACCACGACGAGUCUCCCAACCAAUCUGUCCGCAGGAUGCGGCAAGGAACCAAUGCUCAGCAGCGGCACGUAUACCACCACUGUGAAUGGCCAACAGCGACAGUACAUCCUCACUCUUCCCUCGGGCUAUGACCCGAGCAAGCCCUAUAGGCUCAUCUUCGGCUACCACUGGCUUGGAGGCGACAUGCAAGCCGUUUCAGGGGGAUCCUAUUACGGAGUACAGGCUCUCGCUAGUAACUCUGCCAUUUUCGUCGCCCCACAAGGAAUUGACAACGGUUGGGCGAACACAGGCGGUCAAGAUAUCACAUUCAAUGAUCAAAUGGUUGCAAACAUUGAAAAUAAUCUCUGCGUUGAUAAGAACCAAGUCUACUCCAUGGGAUGGAGUUAUGGCGGAUCCAUGUCAUAUGCACUUGCGUGUGCCCGACCAAAUGUUUUCCGCGGAGUUGCUGUGAUGUCUGGGGCUAAUCUCAGCGGAUGCAGUCCAGGAACUCAGCCAGUAGCUUACUAUGCCCAGCAUGGGGUCCACGAUUCGGUGCUCAACAUUGGCCUCGGUCGUGGCAUUCGAGAUACAUUUGUGCAGAAUAAUAAAUGCACCACACAAAGCCCUCCAGAGCCCGCUACUGGUAGUGGGACACACAUCAAAACCGUGUAUUCAGGCUGCUCAUCAGGGCAUCCUGUCUGGUGGAUUCCAUUUGACGGUGAUCAUGUGCCCCUGCCCGACGAUGGCAGCUCCAGCUCAUCAUGGACUCCUGGAGAGUUGUGGAAAUUCAUUUCACAAUUCAACUAA